GCCACCUUCAAUGAACAGCAAGAUCUUUUUUGUCAGAAGUUGCAACAGUGUUGUGUACUCUUUGACUUCAUGGACUCUGUUUCAGACCUGAAAAGCAAAGAAAUUAAGAGAGCAACACUGAAUGAACUGGUUGAAUAUGUUUCAACAAAUCGUGGAGUGAUUGUUGAAUCAGCUUAUGCUGACAUAGUGAAAAUGAUUAGUUCUAAUAUUUUCAGAACACUUCCACCUAGUGAUAACCCGGAUUUUGAUCCAGAAGAAGAUGAACCAACUCUUGAAGCCUCAUGGCCCCACAUACAGUUGGUGUAUGAAUUUUUCCUGAGGUUUUUGGAGAGCCCAGAUUUUCAGCCUAGUAUUGCCAAGCGAUAUAUUGACCAGAAAUUUGUACAGCAGUUGUUGGAGCUCUUUGAUAGUGAAGACCCACGAGAACGCGAUUUCCUAAAGACAGUUCUUCAUCGAAUUUAUGGAAAAUUCCUUGGUUUAAGAGCAUUCAUCAGGAAACAGAUAAACAACAUUUUCCUCAGGUUUAUAUAUGAAACGGAGCAUUUCAAUGGUGUUGCUGAACUUCUUGAGAUAUUAGGAAGUAUUAUCAAUGGUUUUGCACUGCCACUGAAAGCAGAACACAAACAGUUCCUUAUGAAAGUUCUGAUUCCCAUGCAUACUGCAAAGGGAUUAGCUUUGUUUCAUGCACAGCUCGCCUAUUGUGUUGUGCAGUUCCUGGAAAAAGAUACAACUCUAACAGAGCCC